AUGUGGCUGGAGUUGUUUUUUUUACUUUCAGAACAAACCCUUGAUUCUAUAGUUAUUGUCAGUGAUCCAGUGAAAUCCAAGCAAGGAGCCAACUUUCCCAUAGAGCCGUACGUGGUGUUAGAAUUACAAGAUGCAGCGGGACGGAGAAUCUUCUCUGGACAAGAUUCGAGUUUGACAAUAAAUGUGGCUGCCAGUGAUAAUUCUGCCUGUUUGUCAACUGAUUCAGCAACAUUGGUGGCAAAAGAUGGCAGAGCAAUAUUUGUCGGGUCUUUCUGUGCUCCAUUAUCAAAUGUGUCACUGUCUUUUUCAACAACAAGUGCAAUAUCAGCAAACUUAGUGACAAGUGGUUCAACAGCAACAUUUGAAGUCACAGAUGAUGUAUACUUAGGCAAUUACAUAGAUUACUAUUCUUCUGGAUCCACCUCUGAUACUGGACCAAACAUAGAUUCCUUUGUCUGGCAUGCACUGGAAGAUAUCAAAGCCAACAUAUACCCUCAUCUCUUACCAGGAAGGAAUCUUCACAUUAAUUCAUACAAUACAAAUAAUGAUCCAGUCACUACAGCCAAACAACUGGAUGGAAUGCUAGCAGAGGGAGAGUCAACUCCACACAAGAGAGUGCGAGGUAUAAUUGGCCUGGGAACUAAUGCCCUAACAGAGGGUCUGGCCCCAGUGUUAGCAGCCAACAAAAUCCCCCAGAUUGCCACCAGAGAAGAUGAAUAUGGCUUCAGAGAUAAGUUGACUGUAGAAGUUGUGAUUGUAAACUUUGAUUCAGUUGACUGUAGAAGCUGUGAUUGUAAACUUUGUCCCCUCAUUCAGUUAUCUGUAGAAGUUCUGAUUGCUAUCUAUCCGUACUAUAACAGACUCUCCUGGAAUAUAGGCUCCUUGUCCCACAGUAUUAUGAUGGCAGCUGCUUACAGAAACUGGAAGAAGAUGAUAAUCAUUCGACAGUCCAACUUAAAAAUCAACAACGUCUUCAUUCAGAAAGCAAAAGACUUCAAUCUGGAAAUUACUGCAGAGAUUGCUAUACCAUUCAUUCCUCCACCAUUGUGCAGACCAGGCCUCUUACAGACGUACAUGGAUAAGAUUAAAUCCUAUGGAGUCCGGAUAAUAUGGAUGUUUAUGAUUCCCCCCUUUAUGGCCUUUACUCUGUGUGAAGCUAGAAGCAAUAACAUGACUUCCUAUGAUGGAUACCAGUGGGGUGCUAUAGGACAGUAUGGCUGGUAUUUCCCUUACGCCAACCAAUAUUACGCAGGAUGUCGGGAUCCAAAUGAAUUGCCAUGUAGCACAGCAUUCAAGGGUUGGAUAGGAAUUGAUUCUACGUAUGAUUUAAAUGGAUUGAUGACGGACCAUUGGAAGAGAGUAAUGGAGAGACAUCUAUUUACUGACAGAGUUCAGAAGAAUUACAGAGGAACCAAUAGAAAGAACAAGUGGCUAGAGGUGUUGGCUAUGUAUGCCUUGGCCUAUGAUGCAGUGAUUGUCUACAGUGAAGCUUUGACGGAUCUGAUGCAGAAGAACGAGACCAUCACCCCAGACAAGCUAGUCAAGCAAAUCAGAAAUGUAUUGUCCAAUUUUUCUCCAUUUCUCCUCUCUAUAUGAAUUCAUAUGUUU